UACAUACAGCACUUCAUCAACAGCAGCUGGUUUGACAGAUACGGCGAGCCUCCCUCUCCAGAAACAGCCACCAUGAUAUGGUCUCUGGUCGUCUCCAUGUUCGCUGUCGGGGGACUUUUUGGUGUUGUCAGCGUCAAAUUCUUUUCAGGCAAAUUAGGAAGCAAAAGAGCAAUGAUCUGCAACAACCUGAUUUCCAUCGUUGGAGCCGGAGUGAUGCUGACGAGUCAGAACGCCCAAUCUUUUGAAAUGAUCAUUGUGGCGAGGACGCUGUUUGGCUUCUCAGCAGCUCUGGGGAACAGCCUCCACCUGAUGUACCUCGGCGAGAUUUCACCCAGACAGAUAAGAGGCACCGUGACUCUGACCUCAGCCACUUUUUUGUCACUCGGGAAACUCUCGGGACAGUUUUUUGGUCUGAGUGAGGUCCUGGGAGGCGAGGACAUGUGGAACAUUGUCCUCUGUGUCCCCGCAUGUUUGUCAGUGGUUCAAGUUUUGGUGCUGCCGUUUCUUCCGGAACCCCCCAGAUAUUUAUUCAUAGAGAAAAAAGAUGAUAGUGCAUGCAAAAAAGCCCUACAAAGUCUUUGGGGGCCUGGAGAAUACAAACAGGAAAUGGAUGAGAUGUUGAUGGAACAGCUGGCCAGUGAGGCAGCCUCAUCAAAGAGUUCCCUGCAGCUGAUAAGGGACAGGACUGUCCGGUGGCAGCUGAUCACCAUGUCCACCAUCUUCUGUUGCAACCAGCUGUCAGGCAUGUCGGCGAUCAGCAUUUUUGCUUUUGAUGUCUUCGUGAAGGCAGGAAUUCCAAAGGAAAAUGUCCGCUACGUCACUCUUGGUCUCGGUUUGUCUGAAAUUGUCACCUCGCUUGUCUCUGGUCUUCUGAUUGAGCACUUGGGCAGGAGGCCGCUGCUCUGGGGCGGCUAUGGCUUCAUGUCUGUAAUCUGGGUGUUGGUCACCGUCACGCUCAACCUGAAGGACACAAACUCCUGGAUUUCUUACCUCUCAGCUGCUCUCAUCUUCUUGUUCUUCGUCUCCUUCUGUGGAGGACCUGGAGCGGCCACAGGUCCUCUCAACAGCGAGCUCUUCACGCAGUCCAACCGUCUGGCAGCUUUUGCCCUGGUGGGACUUCUGCGCUGGUUCAUGUUUGCAAUGCAAGGCCUCAUAUUUCCAUUUAUCAUCAAAGCUUUCGGCUUGUACUGCUUUACGCUGUUUGCCUCCAUGUCCCUGCUGGGUAGCCUUUACACCUUCUUCAUUUUGCCUGAAACUAAAGGAAAGACGCUGCUGGAGAUCUCAGCAGAGUUUAAAGCCAUCAGCGUCUGCGGGAAGUCCUGGUUAAAGGAGGAAAAAGCAGAGACUCGGCUGUGAGGUCAAGCAGGAGCUCUGCUUAAAUGGAAAAAAUGAAUUUCCUAGUCCUAAUACUAAAAUUUGGGGAAAAAAAUGAUGUAAUUUGACUGAAAAAUUACAUGAAGUUUGGACAAUUUCUGCUUGACCUUAUAGAAAACAGCUGGUUCAGGAUGAGUGCAGCUGUGCUGUCACACUGAAAGGUCAACUUUUCCCUGUUUUCAUCAUCUGCAGUCUGAAUGAUGGACACUGAUGGACAACAACUACAUUAAAUAGGUCUAUUCUAUUCUUCUCUCUUGCAAUCUGCUGAUGAAGUUGUAGAAAGAGCAUUUUUUGGCAGGUAAACCUGGUGAGAAUUAAAGAGCAACAAUUAAGCUUUUCUCCAAUAAACUCUGCUGCUGGUUAAGGUUGUGUUAAUCUAACUUUGACAAAAAAAUCUGUAUAUUUUGCAUUAAAAGGUCUAGCAUUCACACAUCAUUAGCUAAAGGUCAAGUGAGACUGUUGCGGGUGGGGCUGUUUCAUUGACCUUUUCAAUGUGGAUCAGAAUACAGGAGGGAAAAAGUGCUAACAGCUCUCAGUACAACUGAUUAAACAAUUAAAUAAAAGAGGUGUUCACUUCUCAUCUUCCUCUUUUCAACUCUUUAUGGGUCCAUAUACUCUAGCUAAUGCCUUCAUUGACAGUUUUUGAAAGUAACGUAAAUCUCUUUGUGACUCCUAUAGAUAUAAAAGUCUAUCUGUGUGGCUCCGCCUCUUUUUUAAUUGAUGUCUGUGUUGAUUAAAAGCCAGACUGGCCUUUUGUUAACCCUUUCAGUGGUUGGUGUGUCGUAAUUAACAGUCAAAUGCUACACCAGCAGCCUUGAAGAGUCUGAUUUUGAACUACCUAUGAUUGGACAACCUUAUAAAGGUUUUCAUCUAAAUGAAGAACUGAUAGUAGAAGG